CGGUAUGGGAGGUUGGUGUGAAGGGAGAAGGUUUUAUAAUUAUUUUACAGAUUUUUUCAGAGAUAAUAAUAGGAGGGGACAACACAACGCUAUGGACAUGUGGUGUGCAGAGGCGGUUCAUGCACGUGUUCGGGAGGAUCAAAAUGCUUAGCUCCAACGCCCUUUUACUCGGCAGGAGAUUGAGGAGGCACUUUUUGCCAUGCAUCCGGACAAAUCCCCAUGACCGGAUGGGCUCAACCCAGCUUUCUUCCAAAACUGUUGGAAGGAGGAAACAAGUAGGCAAAGUUGGAUGGGUAGGGCUGAAGCUUGACAUGGCCAAAGCAUAUGACAGGGUGUCCUGGACUUUUGUGGAGACUAUGAUGCGUACAUUGGGUUUUAGUGAAGCUUGGAUCCAACUCAUAAUGAUGUGUGUGAAAUCGGUUAGAUAUCGGGUUCUUGUCAAUGGAACUCUCAGUGAAGUUAUCGCUCCGACGCGAGGUCUGAUAUGUGCGGAAGGACUUUCACUGUUACUUAAGAAGGCGGAGGUAGAGAGGAGGAUUCAUGGGGUUAGGGUGGCCAAUGGAGCCCCACCUAUUUCACAUCUGUUUUUUGCGGAUGAUAGCCUACUCCUUUUUAAAGCGUCCAUGGAGGAGGCCCGUGUGGUGAAGCAAUGCUUGGAGGAAUAUGAGUUAGCCUCGGGACAACAAGUGAACUUCUGUCCCGAUAUCUUCAGCAUUGGGGUUUACCCUGUUAAAAGUGCGUACAAGAAGCUUACUGGGGAGGCAGCAGACACGUCCUUUUUUAACCAUUGGAGCAGGUUAUGGAAGCUAAAUGUGGAACCUAAAGUUAAAGUUUGUUUUUGGAGGGCCCUGCGGGAUAUUUUGCCGGUUGCAUGUUCGCUGAAGAGCAAAGGAAUACAGGUAGAUACUUUAUGCCGUAGUUGUGGAUCUGCUGAGGAGAGUGUUACUCAUGUUUUCGUGGCCUGCCCGGUUGCGCAGAGACUGUGGCGGGUGCUGGGAGUCAAGGUUGUCAAUAACCAGGGCCUUUGUUUCGAUUCGCUAUUGCACUGGGCAGAUUUCAACUUUGGCAGUAGGGUCGGAAGGGAAAUGGACUGCAUGGCGGCGGGGAUCUGGGCACUGUGGAAGGCGAGGAACAUGGCCAAUUUGGAGAGUAAGUUGCCGACAGUGGGUAUCAUCGAGGCUUGGACCAGGGAGGCUGUGGCCUCAACGCCAUCAAACUGUUCGGGGUCGAAGGCACCAGUGGCGGAGGCUAGAAUCAGCGGCAUUACGUGCUCGGUGGAUGCAGCUGUGUUCGAGAAUGCUCGGCGGGUGGGAGUCGGUGCAAUUCUUAUAGGUGAAGAUAAUUCUUUUAUUGGAGCUUUCAACUCUUGCAUUAACUGUCCUUUAGAGCCACGAAUUGCGGAAACCAUGGCGAUUAAAGAGGCUUUGUCUUGGAUUAAAGACCAUGGCUUCUCGGAGAGAGGCGGGGGAAAGGACUAAUGAGUGGUGGAAUUCUCCCCCUGACUUUGUUUCUCAUUUGAUUUGAUGAAUGAAAGUUGUUUACUUCAAAAAAAAUGAAAGCUUUUUGUUUAU